GUCUGAGCUUGCUGAGAUAACCCAAAAUCAAUCGUUCUUUUUCUCUGUCCGUAACGCCCACCUUCGUUUCAUCGGAUGGGCUUUGGGUACUCAAGAGAUAUUCUCUUUCCGAAUAUUACCUCCUUGUGAUAAUUCGUCGAACUCCCUCCUUAUAUAUAUAUCACCCGGCGUGGCCGCUUAGUUUGUGACGCCUACGCUUGUGCCGCGCUCCUCCGCCCCAUUCUGUGCGCCUGCCCUCUCCACGGACCGGAAAGGGAUUUGGCAUAGUGCUCUGGAUCUCGUGGCCACAGGAGCGACCUACGGAGGAUUCACGUAUUAUCGGCUGCCCAGACGAUAGCCUUCUGCACCGGGAGAGUGUAUCGUUUUUGGUUACUGAGACGCGCUUAUAUCGGUCGUUCUGUGCCAGCAUCCAACGUGCAAGUUUCACACUUCGCGAGCUGUAUAAAGAAUAUAUCACAUCCAUUCCACAAUUGCGAGCCCUAUGACGAUGCGAAUGACCCUCAAGACGAAACCUCCAUGCUAGAUCCCGUUGCUAGAUUCGUCGAUGUCUCGUCUUCAAUCGAACCUUGAUCUGUUGAACACGCGAUCUGAUAACGAUGAUUUACCUUCCCCACUGUCCCCUUCUUACAUCCGGAGCCUGAAAUCGCGAAGGAAGAUGUCACAGCAUGUUCCCCAGCCGAACGGGGCGAAGCGCGCGGCCCCAAUAAAAGCGCGACGAGGAGGUAUUAGUUUAGGUGGCAGGCGACAGCUGUCUCAAAGUGAGCUGUUUCGUCAGCCCGGGGCUGUACAGUUUGCAUCACACCCCCAGUCCCGCCCCUGCCUGCUUUCAAUGGACACGCAUAAUACCCCUACAAAACCAACAUUAGUCGCACCAGACAUUUUGAACAGCGUUUCGGCAAGCCAGCCGAAUGCGGCUGCUCAACCAGAGUCUUCGAGAAAUUCCUCGCCGGAGGCGGAUUUGGAGGGUGAAUCGCUAGAUGAAAAGGCGCAGGCGCUGCUCCAUCAGUUUCUUUGUACUAGCUCAACGAAAUCUUCGAACGAGGUUGAUUCUGGGACGGGUCCUGAACCAAGUUAUAUGCACGUUCAACCGUCUAAUGGCUUGAAGCGGACUGCUGAUGGCCAAGUUAAACAAGCUGCUUCCCAUGGAAAGGGUCCUUCUUAUGAGACGAAAGAGAUUGGAGACUCAAGAAGCGAUCUGACACAAUCUGGAAUCAUUCAUCCAAAUAAAGGGCUUCCAGGCACGUCCCUCGGCCCUCAGAGUUCGAGUGGUGUGAAGAAUACUACAACAGCAGCAACAACACCAAACAUUCGUCUUCAUUCACCAGCGAGAAGUACCCCUCCUGUUUCAGCGACACACUCUCAAAAUGAUGCACAAAACCCCGAAAAUAAACAAUAUAGCACAACUAAUCCUAUCAUAAAUUCCUAUUAUAAUGCCUCUAAUAUCUCUAACACUCAAAGUGACCCUCCCAGUUUACCGGCCACCUUCCCUUCUUCCAGUUCUUCCCUUGCUGUUGUCGUACGUCCAUAUCCCACCGACAGUGAGUUUAUUAAACCUGGUCUACCGGCAAGUUCGACUUCGUUGUCUACGAAACACACAGAAAAGCCUCCAAAGAACAAUCUUGGACCAAAGCCGAAAAAUAAAGCCCUUGCGAUGCCUCAUUCUGACUCCGGCUCCGGCUACUACCAAUCAGACUCCGCAAGUCAUACUACUGUUGUACGGCGUCCUCGGCGAAGCCGUGCUGCCCCAGUCAAUUACUACGCUAAAGUUCGCGGCUUCCUCGGUUACCAGUCAGAUGAGGACGGGGAGGAGGCAGGGGAGGAACAGGAGAACCCCUCAGAAGUCAACGCGCCAAGAGAUGACACAACGCACCAAUCUCCAUAUGAGGAGCUCACCCCGGUUCCCGAACCUGCGGCUUCAUUGAUUCGCUCAGUGUAUCGCGCUGGUUAUCUUCAGGUUCAACAGGAACCUCUGCCCGCCCCAGUCGAUGAAAUAUUCGAGGAAUAUGCUCCGUACUCUUCGCUACAUGCUAGGAUUGGGUAUGGGGAGAGAUGCACAAAUGAACAUUUUGAACUGGAUGACCCCGACGGACGAGUGAUACAUGCAGACUUUGACCAGAGUGAAAUGGAAGGGUUAUUCCGCGUUAUGACAGGGCAACCUGCAAAUGAAUCAGAUAUCGCGAUUCCAGAUCUGCUUGCCCAAGUCACCCAGAAAUUUUAUCCUCACCGCGAUCAACAAAAAGCGCUGGCUCAGAAAAUUUCAGACUUGAAUGCUCUUCACAAGUCCUUACUCAGGAUCACUGAUGACCCAACCGCGUUCCUGCUCCAUCACCGCGACAGAGAAAGUUCCUGGCGGGAAUGCGAUAAUGAAACGCCCCAACGUGGGACAAUACGACAAAUCUUAUCCUACCUUCAUAUAGUCCUCGGUUUGCCUGAGCCAGCCAAUCGUGUUUACCAUGUUCACGAUAUCUUGCAGAGAGUGCGCCAAACCAAUAAUGGCGACUUUCAGCAUUUGAUAUCAGUCCUGAACUGUUUUAAACAUCGUAGAAAGCGACAUAUUUGUGCCUUUCUAUAUGAUGCUGCGAACGGACUUGUUUCCUCCGCGCCAUACAUUUUACGAGCUCUUUCAUCCCACGCGGAUUACCCGUCCCCUGACUUCGACUGUAUGAGGCCCUCCGCUCUACUUCGAGAACGUGAAUUAGGACAAAGGGUAUUUCGGCGGAAGACUCCUAUCAAUCAGAAACUCCAAUCAAGAAGAGGCUUGGAGCUCUGGAAGCGAUGGAAAGGCGCAUCGAAUGAUGUGAUGGUCCUUGCUUGGUCCCCCGACGGAACUCGAUUUGCUGCUGGCGCUGCUGCCCAGUCCGAUGAGCAUAAUAUGAUUUAUAAUCGAAAUAAUAAUCUUCUUCUUGGGGACCUAACUUGCAAUUCGCUGAAGGAGUUACCCGACCACCGCAUCUGUCGGCCUGUACCAAGCAACGUCACAGACCCUAGCUUAUACAUGACCGUCAGUGCUGUCAGCUGGCGUGGCGACUCUCUGUAUACUGCUAGUUUCGAUAACACAGUUAAGAUAUGGGACGUCUCUACUCACGCUGGUGCUAAAUGCGUUAAUACCCUACUACACGAUGGAAGGGUUAUGGAUAUGGCUGUAUCUCGUUCUGGCUUCAUUGCAACGGGAUGUGACUCUUCUCCUCAUAUCAAACUUUGGACACAGACAGGUGGUCAGGACUACACAGUUACCGAUCUCACUUGCAAUCCAACCAAAAAUGUGGCAAUGACACCUUCUUCCUUAGCCUGGGGCCCAACAUCUGCGGAUAAUAUUCUUGUAGCUGGUCUUGCUGCUCGGGAGGAUGAAAAGUUUCGAAACGGCCAUCUUGCUCUUUGGCAGGUGGGACAAUCAGAUGUUUCUCCCCUGAUAAUCUCGCCUAAUUCCCAGAAUGUGUUCGAUGUGACUUGGCAUCCGACGGCUCCUAUAUUUGCAACUGGCAGCACUGUCGAGCUCUCAGUUAGUGCCGUGGGUCGUGCGAAAACGAUUCGGUCCCUUGUCCGUGUCUAUGACCCUUUUAGGCCGACGGCCAACUGGGGGGCUCACAUAACUUAUGAAUGCCCAGCUCUGGAUAUCAACGACGUCACAUUUUGUCCUGCCAAUAGUAAUUAUAUUACCGCUAGUUGCACUGAUGGGGCUACUUACGUGUGGGAUUACCGCAAUCCCGGCCAGAUCCUUCAUAAGCUUGCCCAUGGCGCACCCAUUGCUGAACAGGAUCCAAACGUUUCUCGAGAAAAACAUGACAUUGGGGUGCGUGUAGCCCUCUGGAAGGACAACUUCAUUGAUCAGUUUUAUACUGGAGGGUCAGAUGGUGUCCUUAAGAAAUGGAAUAUCCUUAGGGCACCGGAAGAUGUUCUAGUUGAAAAUACCGCACACUUCGACCAGGGAAUUAUGUCCGGUGCCUUCUCUCCUGACUUCACAAAUCUGCUUGUUGGAGAUAGUUGUGGUAGUAUACAUGUUCUAUCUAGCGCCCCAUUUUCUCACGGGGGCACCAACAUGGCUUACGAACCUGCUAGCAAGGAGAGACCUUCAGAGGACGAUGACAGAUUGGGUAUUGAAACAGCCAAAGAGCUGUUAGAAUCAGGAAAACUGAGCCGCCACCCUGUAUUCGGCGUUGGCCAAGGUCCGCGCUAUGACGGUCCAUUUGCAGCAUGGGCAAGACAAGCGGGGACUCCGAAAGAAGCUCUCCCUCAUACACCCCUGCUGCCAGAAAUCCGGGCCACACAGCUUGAUAGAUCUCUUAAUCUCCGCCAUCAGCUCGAGAGGGAAGAUGAAAAGCAGCUAGAUGCUAGGAUACUGGGGGCAAUUGCUCAAAACAAGCAGCGUGGGAGGAAUAAGCGAAAGGUCCCUGAGGAUGUUGGCAGACGUUAUAAUAAUAUUUUCCCAUUUUCCCGCUCAUCUUCUUAUUCCUCUUCUCUCUCCCCUCUUUCCUAUUCACGGCUUGGCUCACUCUCCCCCUCCAUUUUUGUUUCUCACAAACAUUCCGACAAGACCCAUCAGUACAUCAGCCUUCUUUCAGAUGAUGAAUCAGGUCCUUCCUCCUCGUCCGCCCCCCCAUGCUGCCCAGCUCGGAUCAAGAGUGAGUUCUCAUCGACGUCGAAACCGGCUUUCCCCCCUUGUAUUGACCUUACAGGGGACUCGUCAGAGGAUGAAGCGGCCCGGCAUCAGCAGCAGCAGGGCAAAUCGCACGGAGCUUUGUCGUUGGAUGAUGAGGAUGUUGAUUCGCUGUGCGAGCCGCUGGAUGAUGAUUACUGGUGGCCGCGCAAUUGCGAUGUUGAUCCUAAUAUUCGGCGGGACGAGGCGUGAAGAGGAUAUGCAGGAAUCAUUAGGGCAUUUGUAUGUAUAUAAGGAUUGUGGGCUGUAUUUAUUUGAGGGAGUUUAGAGCGUAGAACUGCACCGGAUUGUGGGCAUGGCAUGACCCUAGGAAAUGAGGGAAAUGGGGGAAAUGGGGCGCGCACGAGAAAACAUGGGCAGGCACCAGGGCUGAAUUCAUGAACGGCUCCCCUACUUGCACGGAUGACUCCAAUUAUCAGCUUCUCUCGGAUCCCAGGAGAGAAUCCGUGGCAGAUGUUUACAAUGACCCUAAUCAGUACGUAGUCCCGUGCUAGAAAUAUAUGAAUCACUGCAUUGCGGAAUUUCCUUGUUGCCCUUAUUCUAUCUUUUGCUAUGCUUGUGUUAUUUAAUGGCCAGCUUAGCUUCUGAUGAUAUCGCUAUCCGGAGCACCGUGACCUUCACGACAUGCGAUCCUUUCGCCUUCUAAAUUCCAGGGCCGGAGCCUAACCUACCCUCCCUGCUCUCACCCUCUAAUUUCGUCUACUGAUCGGGCGGUUGAUACUUCACAAAUUUAGUUGAUGAUACAGCCCCGCCAGUUGCCCAUACAUAGUCUGCUGCAAGCCACAAGAACGUUAAAUCAACAGACCCUUCUCCCAGCUCACUCUCACUCUCGAUCUUUUCCAUAUUCGCACUCUGCAAGGCGACCAUCUUCCUGGCCAUUGUGGCCGAUUUGCUUGCUAUAAACAUUUUCACAACAUGCUCAUGCCCAUAUAGGGCAGCUAUGAACAAUGGCAGCCAUGAUGGAUACGAAGGAGGAGAACUAUGGCGGAUGUCGUUGAACAUCUUCACCACCUCGUGGUAUCCGUGGCGCAUGGCUUCUAGCAGAUCUAUGUAUCCCUGAAUAGGGUCAGGGCCAUUAGCUUCUGCGGACAAAAAAUGGCGAACGAUCCCGUCAUGUCCGUUCAUCGCAGCCAGAAUGAGGGCAAGUGGUUGUGCGGUCCGCUCAAAUUCGCCCCUGCUAUGUGCAAGCAACACUUCGACAAGCCAUCCUUUCCCACGCAGAGCAGCAACGCACAGCGGCGUUCGUCCAUACUUAUCUGGGGAGGUGGUAGGGUCUGGGAGACCGCCUUUGGUAAUCAGAAUGAGAGCCUGUUCCGUUGACAUCGCAUGUCUAUUUUUCACAGCCAGCCGAAACAGCUUGGUCGGGUGGAAAACACGCACGUCAUCGAUUUCCUCCUGUACCCACGUCGGCUUUGCCCCAGCCUCAAGCAGGAGCGCCAUGACACUGAAAUCACGUCGGCGCCAUGCAGCCAGAAAUGGUGUCUCAUCGCCCUCAUUAUCUCUCGCAUUAAUGUCCGCGCCAAACUCUACCAGCAAACGGGCUAUUUUCUCACUCUCUGAACUCGACCGAACAUGGAAAAGCGGCGUCCUCCCUGUAUGAUCUCUAGCAUCGAUAUCCACAUCCCUUCUAAACACAAGAGAUUCAACAGUAUCAUAUUCACUAACCACUGUGGCAUGCAUAAGCGGCGUCAUCCCUUCUUUAUCACGCUGGUCAGCUAUGAUGCCCUUCUGCUCAAGCAACAUUUGGACAAUGUCCUUGCCUCUGUGGUUGGUCGUAUUUAUAUUUUGUAUCGCCAGCGUCAACACAGGUGUCCCGUCACUAUUGAGAGCGUUAAUAUCUGGAUCGCGAAGAGUGAGAAAUAAGCGGAGAAUAUCCUUGUGGGAAGUAAUCGAUUCGAUGAAUGGAGUCGUCCACUUCUGAGUCUCCGUUCGACGAUUCGCAUCAACCCGACGAUGAUGCUCGAGCAGCAUCUUAACGAUAUUUUUGUGCUGCCGCACUACUGCCCAUGUCAACGGUGUAUACCCAUUGGGGUCGGCGGCGUCCGGAUGGAUCUCUUCCCGUUCCAAAAGGAGGCGAAAUAUCACUUCAUUGCCGCGCACGGCGGCAUGAUUCAAUGGUGUCAUGUAGUUAAAAUCUCCCUUGUUUAAGUCUAUCCCUUUACCACCGCCGCCACAAUUAGAAGCGUAUUCCAGUUGUAAUCGAAUAAACCACACAUCCUGCUUCACCACCGCAUGCAUCAACGGCGUCCUCUCCUGCUUAUCCUCCAGACUCGGGUCCGCCCCAUUCUCCAACAACAGUCGCGCAACAAGUUCACAAUCAUCUGGAGCUUUCGAGGAAUAGACUGCAAGCGCCAGUGGCGUCAUCCCAUUCUCCUCCUUGUGGUUAACAUCCGCCCCAUGCUCCAGCAGCAGACGGGAGACAGCUAUCCACUUGUUGUUAAUCUCGCCUCUUUCCCCUUCCUGUUCUCCUUCCCCCACCUCAGUUCUACCCGUCCCUCUGAACAAAGAGGUACCCACAACCACCCUCCCCAAACAAUUUCUUCCGAUUUGAUCCUCCUCAUUCACAUCCACCCCUUUAUCCUUCCCGAACUCCUCCAACAACAUCCUCACAACACCCAGGCGGCCCCUCUCCGCUGCCAGCGAUAUUAGCGGCACAUAGGUCCCAGUCGGCUUGCCCCGGCAAAUCGUCCUCUCCAAGACCCCAGGCACAAUCCCUCCAUUCCACCUAAUCAACAACCUCAACACAUCCACACUCCCCUCUUUCGCCGCACGCGAGAAAGGCGAGUCGGAAAAAGGAUACGGACAGGGAAUUCCACAAAACACAGGGAUAAAGGCAGAAGCCCCCUCCUCCUUCAGAUCACCGGGAGACCAAAAAACCCCUCCCGUAAUCAAAUUAUUUUCCUUGCGAUAAGAGGCGCUGAGAACCUUAUGCGCCCCGUGCUCGAGUGAGUGCUCCGCCGUCGCAACGCGGUUGUGCCUGGCGGCCCAUAGGAGGGCCGAGCAGCCGCAGUAGGAGAUGUCGAUGGCGUAGAGGGUUGAGUGGAGGAUGGAGUAGGUGUAGCGGUUUUGGACGAGGAGGGUGAGGAGGUCGGAGGGCGCAAAGAGGUAGGACGCGAUGGUGAGUAGGAGCUCUGCGGGUAAGGUUGCCAGAGACAUUUCUUUUCGUUAUUUGCUUCUUUCCUCUGGCCUCCUGGUUUUUAUGGUGAAACUUCUUUUUCUUUGAUUUUUGAGCUUUCCUGAGGGUUUUUGCUAUGGGGGAGGAGGGGAGACGAAUUGAUAGGUAGGUGUUGGUUGAGUAUAAAUAGGUGUGGAUGUUAGGAAUUGCUCUCUUGCUGUUGGUGCAGGAUAAAUGUUAGAAACGGUCGGUUCGAGAGAGGUGGAUGCGGGAAACAAAUAGUAUGUAACAGAAUAUAUCGAUCAUUAGAUCAGUGACAGAUAUUCAGCUAGAUAAAGUAAAAUCGCCGAAGUUGAGCGCAGGCAGCUCCCGUGAACUAAAUAAAGUUCCAUCAUUCAUCAUUGAAAGGAAUUGAGUUUUCCGAGGUUGGGGUGAGAGGGUAAAAGAGUUAUUCAGUUCAUUCGAAGGAUAUUUUAGCAUUCAUGUAUUGCUACUAUGAAAUUGUUAUAUACUAUAUCUAUAUACUCCGUACACACUUCUAAAAAGGGAAAGGAAAGAAAGAAAAAAGUUCACAAGAAUGAUUACACUUUAAUAUUAAAUAUUAUCACAUUCUUUUUUCUUCUCUUCUUCGCCUCAUCAUCUAAUAACUCUUCUCUCAAUCAUUUUGAAUAUAUUUCUCUCUCUUAUUCAUCUCUCUUUCUCCUCAAUUCCUUAUUGUGGUCCACACAAACAUUUUUAUGAUAUGGAAAAAAAAAAAAAAAGAAAAAAAACCUUUCAGUAGCCUCACAAGACACAGAGGUAUAUACAUGCAAAGGAAAAGUAGAAAAAAACAAAGGAGGUAGUCAGCUCAGAAAUGAGAUGAGAGCGAAAAUAUUGAGAAACAGAAAAGGACAAAAAAGAAAGAUGGAAA